AAAAGUUUCAAUAUAUUCCAAUUGCAAUUUUAUUUUAAAAAUAUAUAUUUAAUUUUUGGAUAUAAACAUAAUUCUUUGAUAUUAUUAAAUAAAAUUAAUUAAUUAUAUAUAAUUAUUUUUAAAAUUUUAUGAAUUUUAUAAACAAAUGUUCUACCAAAAACUUUAUUUGAGAGCAUUGAGCAAAAAAAACAUUUGGAGAGCAUGAACAUUUUGUAAAUGCUCUUCUAAAUGUUUUUCUAUAAAUUAUUGAUUGGUUAAUAACUUAAUAUAGAGCAUAAUGUUUAUGUUAAUUAAUACUUAACUAAUCAAUGCCUAAUUCUAAAGAUGAAGAAAAAGCCAGAAAAUUAACUAUGAGUUACACCCAUAAAUCGAACUAAAUCAUCCUAACUCCUGUUACCAAUCAAAACCACAAGGGUACAUCGGUAAAAGUACAUCCAAGAGUGUCAUUACAAUAUUGUCAUCUGCCUUGUUCCCUAGUCAAUUUGUGUGUUAGAGAGAUAUAUCUAGGGUUUGUUCGAUUCUUCGGCAAAAAUGGAAGGCGACGAUGUGUCGGUGAAGCGAGCUUCGACGGAGGUGGAAUCUGACUCUUCUGUCUCUAAAAAACCGAAGAUCGAAGAUGAAGACGACACAAACAUGGAAGACGAAAGCGAUAGCGAUAGUACCGAUAGCGGACGCGCAUGGAGUGUCGAGGCAAAAGACGAUGAUGAAGAAGUCGUGAAGCCUCCUAACUAUUUAAACAUGCAAGAUCCGGUAUCGGAGUGGGAUAAGGACAGUUACGAUGGUUACGAAUUGGUAUUCGACUCUGACGGCCGUGAAGGCUUCCCCAACGACGAGGAGUACGAAGAGUUUCGCGAGUAUAAAACCAAGGCCUGGAAGAAUAGGGGGUUUUUAGAAGAUCCAUUCAGAUCCAUCUACCCCAUUUAGAUCUGGAAGAUCUUUGGUCAGACAGGGUAAAGGUGUCUAGGAGGCAAUAUUUGGCAAAUAUUGCUUCAUUGUGUGUUAAGAAACUCAACGAGGAGAAGGGUUCGUCUGUGGAAGUUGUAAGCAUUGUGAGAAGCAAUCUAAAAGCAGGAGGUGGGUUUAAGCUCUACAUCACCUUUAUGGCUCGAGAGCAUCCGGAUGGUCCUCUAGUGGAGUAUCAAGCCAAGGCAAUGGAUUUUGCAGGAGGCAUAAAACCUCCAUUUCCCAUUCUCUGCAGACCAGCCUCUAGCAUGCCCUAAUCUAUGACUUGCACAAGGUAUCUUUAUUAUUCAAUGUAACUACUAAACAUAAAUAUAAAAUUGCAUAGGUAUAUUUAUGUUUAGUGUUUUAUUCUCAGUGAGAUUACUUAGUUGCUGUGCUAAUUUUGAGGGUUGGUCUUGAUGUCAGCUAUGUCUUUGGCGUUUGUACGGAUAAUGUGGCUUAAUAAUGGUUGCUAAAUUAUGUUGAAUGUUUA